CUCCGUUCUUGUUUCCACAGGAUGUGUGAGACCGGCGAGGGGCUGUUUAUCUUUCAGACGCGAGACGGGGAGGCCAUCUACCAGAAGGUGCACUCGGCCGCCCUGGCCAUCGCGGAGCAGCACGAGCGCUUGCUGCAGAGCGUGAAGAACUCCAUGCUGCAGAUGAAGAUGAGCGAGCGGGCGGCCUCGCUGAGCACCAUGGUGCCCCUGCCCCGCAGCGCCUACUGGCAGCACAUCACCCGGCAGCACAGCGCGGGCCAGCUCUACCGCCUGCAAGAUGUCGCCAGUCCUCUGAAGCUUCACCGAACAGAGACUUUUCCCGCCUACCGCUCGGAGCACUGACAGGCGCCGCCCAGCCCGGCUGCGUGACACCCUCGGGACGCGGCCGCCCAGACGCGCCGGAGGUCGCGGGACCGCAGCGAGAGGACGACGGGAGCGUCCAGCCCCGGCUAAGCGUGCGGUCGUGGGGAGACUGCAGUGCAUUACAUGUCUCUUUUCCCUUCCUUUUCUUUUUGUUCUUCCUUUUUGUAAAAAACAAAACAAAAAAACAGAACCAAAACGCCGCGUAAUGGAAACACGCCCUGCAGAUAGCGACGUGCCGUUCCCCCUUUCACGUCGGGACAGACGGGAGUCGGCGCCACGCGGCGGUUUUCUAUUGUAGAUACCACGUCCCCUGCACUUCUCAGAAUCUGUCCUUUUGUGGGUUUUGUGCUGUUCCCGCCUGUGUUUCAGUUGUAUCACGGUGGCACCUACAAUAAAACGCCCCUGCAUUA